AUGGAGACGGACAAUCACACUGUGACUGAGUUCAUCCUAGUGGGCUUCACAACAGACCCUGUGAUGCAGUUGAUCCUAUUUCUGGUGUUCCUUGCUGUGUACUCUGUGACCCUGGUAGGAAAUACCAUGCUCAUAACAUUAAUCUGUAAUGAAUCCCGGCUCCACACACCCAUGUAUUUUUUCAUUGGCCACCUGUCAUUCCUGGAUCUCUGGUAUUCCUCUGUCAACACCCCAAAGAUCCUAAAGACUUGCAUCUCUGAGGACAAAAGUAUUUCCUUUGCUGGCUGUGUAGCUCAGUUCUUCUUCUCUGCUGGGCUGGGAUUUAGUGAGUGUUACUUGUUGGCCACCAUGGCUUAUGACCGCCAUGUGGCCAUCUCAAAACCACUGCUUUAUUCUCAGGCAAUGUCCAUAUGGCUGUGCGCAUUUUUGGUAGCAGCCUCAUAUCUUGGUGGAUUUAUUAACUCUUACAUCAUCACCAAAAGAACUUUUGCACUGAACUUCUGUGGUGACAAUGUCAUUGAUGACUUUUUCUGUGAUUUACUUCCCCUGGUGAAGCUGGCUUGUGGCAGAAAAGAUGGCUACCAGACUCUACUGUAUUUUCUCCUGGCCUCCAAUGUCAUCAUGCCCCUUGUGCUCAUACUCACCUCCUAUCUCUUCAUCAUUACCACCAUCUUGAGGAUCCGCUCCACCCAGGGCCGCCUCAAAGCCUUUUCUACCUGCUCUUCCCACUUGAUUUCUGUCACCUUAUACUAUGGCUCCAUUCUCUACAUCUACUGUCGCCCCCGAUCUAGCUAUUCCAUGGAUAGGGACAAAAUAGUUUCUACCUUUUACACUGUGGUCUUCCCCACAUUGAAUCCUAUGAUCUACAGCCUGAGGAAUAAGGAUGUGAAACAUGCUCUGAAUAAACUCUUUAAAUAAAUCCAGGUUCUCUUCUUCUAAGGUGAUGCAAAGAAAAUUUUUCUUCUGGUUAUUUGUAUCUCCAGCAGAGCUGCCAUUGUGCUCCAUAAAAGGAUGAAAAAAAAACUUAUGUUCAAGUUAAAGAGUUUUUCCAACCUUGAGACAAUACAGUUCAAGAGAUCUAAGAUGGGAAAAUUAGGGCAAUUUAGGAAAUAACAUUUGAAGAUAAAGCCUAAGAAUUUUGAUUGAAUCCCAUUGGUUAGAAACAACCAAAACCAUGGAUAAAAGCAAAAAAAAAAAAAAAACUAAAAUUCAAAAACUCUUCUCUAACUUUAUAAAGAGAAAUGACAGAAUACUAAUCCCAUUAGCAUAGGAAGACUUUUGGGAGACUUACCCGUAUG